AUGGCCUCAACCCCCGACGACGACCGCGAGCGCCUCAAAUCAGCCCUCUGGUUCGCAGUCGGCCAAAUCGUCGACGAGGAAUGCCUCCGGCGGAACCGCAACGCAACGCCCCAAUUCAUCGGCGCCCUGACAGAAAUGGUCUGGACACAAAUUGAAAACGUAGCCGUGGACCUGGAGAGCUUCGCCAACCACGCCUCCCGAACCAACAUCACCACCGAGGACGUGCUCCUUCUGGCGCGCAAGAACCCCGACCUGCAGCAAAUCAUGGGCGAGUUCAUCGAGGAGAGAAGGGGCAUUAAAGAGGCCAAGAUGGCCAGGAACAAGUCCGCGGGCCGCCGCCGAUGA